AUACAACCCAAAGAAAAACCACCUAAUAUUACACACAUUUGUGUUGUUACUUCUUCUUUUUUUCUCUUCAAUGUGACACAAAUGUCAUUUUCAAAACACUGAUAAAUCCAUCUCGUUCACAUUGCAGCAAAGAAACAUAAGCGGUGCUACCUAAUUAAAUUCAACAUUCUUUUGCAUCACCACUUAUUUACCACUUGAUACUUGCAUCACCAAUCGAAACAACAAUCAAAAGAAACAACCAAAAACAAACCGCAACACCACGAGACGGGAAAGAAAGUCUUAUCAUUUCAGUGAAUUUGGACAUUGUGUUAUCGUCAAACGAGCAGAAAUAAUACGCAUUACCUCCGUUUUUUAUUUUAAAAUUUUGGAAUAUUUUUGCACGAUUUAUAAAAAAAGGAAGAGUGAAAGUAAAUAGAAUAUUAAUUUGUGAUUAUUGUUUAACGAAUCAAUAAUUUAUAAUCAGUGAAUAACAAUGGCGGCAAGGUUUCGCAAUAUCGGUGUGACAACAAUCGGUGCAUGUGCCGGUUUGGGGCUUGCUGGAUGGGCCUUAAAUCCAUUCGAUAAACAAUUUGCAAAUGUGAAUGCAGCCGCCAUAGCAACGCCGCGUGUUAAACGAAAACUUCCACCACGAUCUGAACAAGUGAAAACACUGCAAAGUGGCGAAGAGUACGAUGUGAUCAUCAUUGGUGGUGGUGCAACUGGUGCUGGUUGUGCUCUCGAUUCAAUUACAAGAGGUUUAAAAACUGCAUUGAUUGAAGGAGAUGAUUUUGCAAGUGGUACAUCGUCUCGUUCGACAAAAUUGAUUCACGGUGGUGUUCGUUACCUGCAAAAAGCUAUUUUGGGAGCUGACAUAGAACAAUAUCGAAUGGUGAAAGAGGCAUUGCAUGAACGUGCCUCGAUGUUGCAUUCGGCUCCACAUUUGACACAUCCAAUUCCGAUUAUGUUACCGGUUUACAAAUGGUGGCAGCUUCCAUACUAUUGGGUCGGUAUUAAAUGUUACGAUUUCGUUGCUGGCGAUCGAAAUGUAAAGAGUUCCUACGUAUUAUCGAAAAAGGAUGCGCUCGAAUUGUUCCCAAUGUUGAAAGGUGAUAAAUUGGUGGGUGCCAUUGUCUAUUACGAUGGUCAACAAGACGAUGCUCGUAUGAAUUUGGCUGUUGCAUUAACAGCAGCCCGUCAGGGUGCAACUGUUGUCAAUCACACCGAAGUGACGGCUUUGCUUAAGAAAAAAGAUGCAUCGGGCAAAGAAGUGUUGUGCGGCUGUAAAGUUAAAGAUACGAUCACAAAUAAAGAAUGGGAAGUGAAAGGAAAAUGUAUUAUCAAUGCAACCGGACCAUUUACCGACCACAUUCGGAAAAUGGAUGAUCCAAAUGUGAAAACAAUUUGUUGUCCAAGUUCAGGUGUUCAUAUUGUAUUGCCCGGUUAUUAUAGUCCACAACAAAUGGGUCUACUCGAUCCAUCCACAUCCGAUGGUCGUGUGAUCUUCUUCUUGCCAUGGCAAAAUCAAACGAUUGCCGGAACCACGGAUCUGCCAUGCGAUGUAACACACAAUCCAAAGCCAACGGAAGAUGAAAUUGAAUUCAUUUUAACCGAAAUCAAAAACUAUUUAAAUGCCGACGUUGAGGUACGUCGUGGUGAUGUCUUAUCAGCAUGGAGUGGUAUUCGUCCAUUGGUAUCAGAUCCAAACAAAGAAGAUACACAAUCAUUGGCUAGAAAUCAUAUCGUUCACGUGAGUCCAUCGAAUUUAGUUACAAUUGCUGGUGGUAAAUGGACAACAUACCGUGCCAUGGCCGAACAUACAAUGGACGCAGCAAUUAAAGCAUGCAAUUUAAAACCGGAAAAAGUCGAUUGUCAAACCGAUGGUAUGCUUUUGGAAGGUGCACACGGUUGGACACCAACCAUGUACAUUCGUUUGGUACAAGAUUUCGGCUUGGAAUGUGAAGUUGCACAACAUUUGGCACAAUCGUAUGGUGAUCGUGCAUUUCCGGUUGCAAAAAUGGCAUCGUUGACCGGCAAACGGUGGCCAAUUAUUGGCAAAAAAGUUCAUCCCGAAUUUCCAUACAUUGAUGCUGAAAUUCGGUAUGGUGUACGUGAAUAUGCAUGCACAGCAAUUGAUAUGAUUGCACGACGAUUGCGUUUAUCAUUUUUAAAUGUACAAGCCGCACAAGAAGCUUUACCCACCAUUGUUGACAUUAUGGCCGAAGAAUUGAAUUGGUCCAAAGAUGAAAAAGAACGACAAAUUAAAUCGGCCACCGAAUUUUUGGCCAGCGAAAUGGGACAAAUUGUAAACCGUGCAUCACGUGAUAAGAUACCAAUCAAUCUAUCGAAAGACGAAAUUCAAUUGUACAUUAAACGAUUCCAAAUUAUCGACAAAGAGAACAAAGGUUAUGUUUCAAUCAACGACAUUCGACGUGCACUCAAGAAUUUCGGUGAUGCUGAUAUAUCUGGUGAAGAGUUGCAUGAAAUUCUUCGUGAAAUCGAUACAAAUAUGAAUGGUCAGGUCGAACUCGACGAAUACUUACAGAUGAUGUCGGCUAUCAAAUCGGGUCAUGUGGCUUAUUCACGAUUCGCGCGAAUGGCUGAAUUGGAAGAAGAAAAGCACGAAGUUGAAAAGCUCAAGAAGAAGAUCAGUGUAGAUCGUUCAGGAGGUGGAUUGUAAGAAGUGACAACACAACACAUGCAUACAUACAUUUACACACAUCCAACCUGGCAACACAAGUUCAUACAUACACACACCUUUUUAAUUAAUUAAGGUUCUUUUCACGUGAUUUCUUUCUGCUACAUUGUUCUCUUCUCCCUCCCACAAAACGAAUCUUUAUCUUCUCCUAACGACACAAACAUAUUGAACAAAUAACAACAACAACAAAAAUCUUUUUGACAAACUACUUUCAUAAGAAUUAAUGUAAUGCAGAAUGAUAACCACAUUGAUUUAGAAAUAUAUUUGAAUAAAAUGAAAUCGCGCAUAAAAA